UACUGAGUUUAAUAGUAACAUGAUAUGACGUUUAUCCAUCUUUGAAUUAUUUUUUCGAAGAUUUUUUUUGAAGUCGUGUCACAAAUUACAACUACAUAUUACACAUACAGUCGAAUUAAUAAGUCCAAGAUGGCAAGCGAGGUGAACGAAAUUGCUGUUCAAGUGAGUGAAAAUAUAACAGAGAAUAAUGAGGCGAUUACUGGAAGAAUAUCAUCGACAUCUGAGGGAAUGGUUCUUGCUUAUGGAAGCUUGAUAAUUAUGGCCAUUUUACCUAUCUUCUUUGGUAGUUACCGAGCUGUUAGACACCAUAAGGAGCAGCAGCAACAAUGUAAAAAAAGUGGAGAACAACCAGACACAAUGUCGCGCAAGGAAGCAGCAAUAUUUCCUUUCAUUUCUAGUGUUACAUUAGUUGGUCUAUAUGUAUUAUAUAAGAGUUAUAUCAAUGUUUUUCAGAUAUUUGCCAAGGAAUUUGUUAAUCAAAUUCUGGCUUCCUAUUUUUUUUUCCUAGGAAUCUUAGCCUUGUGUCACCUUACGAGUCCAUUAAUUUCAUCAUUGGUUCCUGCUGCAAUACCAAAAACUCAGUAUCAUAUAUCAUUCACUAAAGGAGAAGGUGAUAAGUCAGAACAUAUUAUUAAUUACAAAUUUAAUCUUCAUGAUAUUGUUUGUCUAACAUGCUGUUCUCUUGUUGGAACUUGGUAUCUUUUAAAAAAGCAUUGGAUUGCCAAUAAUUUAUUUGGAAUUGCGUUUGCGAUUAAUGGAGUUGAAUUACUACAUGUGAACAAUGUUCCAACAGGAUGUAUUUUGCUUUGCGGACUCUUAUUUUAUGAUGCAUUUUGGGUGUUUGGUACAGAUGUAAUGGUAACAGUCGCGAGAUCGUUCGAAGUACCAAUUAAAUUAGUGUUCCCUCAAGAUAUUUUAGAAAAAGGACUUACAGCCAGCAAUUUUGCUAUGCUGGGUUUAGGUGACAUUGUUUUACCAGGGAUUUUCAUUGCCCUUUUAUUGCGGUUCGACAAUAGUUUAAGUAGAAAGACAAAUGUGUACUUCUACUCGACAUUCUUCGCAUAUUUCAUGGGAUUACUAGCAACGAUGCUGAUUAUGCAUUUAUUUAAUCACGCACAACCGGCUCUGUUAUAUCUAGUACCCGCUUGUUUGGGUACUCCUGUACUUUUGGCAUUGGCUAAGGGAGACUUAAAAGCAUUAUUUUCUUACGAAGAUCAUCCAGUUAUUCCAAAACAAACGGAACAAACUGCACAAACGCAAGUAGAAACGAAGAAGGACACAUAAUAUUCGUAUUUAAGGUGAUCAAUGUAAUAAAACUGUCAGCAUUAUUAUUGUGCUGUUAUCGUUUCAAAUUUAUCGUAUAUACUAUACUAUAUUUACUAUCGUAAAUGAUAGUUUCUCUUAUGCUCAAGCUGUACAAUCAUGAAAUUUAAAAGUAUCAACAACACAUGUAAUUAUAUCUUACAUAAACGUUGUGAGAUAUAAUUUUAUGCUUGGUUCAAAUUUAGUUGUCAUUCAUACAUUCAAAUUCGACUGAAUUGAUGAUUCGUAACUUAUUUUGUAUUUAUAUUCUUUUUCAUAAAUGCCAAUAUACAUAUAUAGAAAGAUUAAUGUCAAUAAUUUAUAGAUAAAUCAUUUAAGAGCGAAAGCAAAAAGAAAAAGUAGUAUUUUUUUUAGAUAAAUUGUUCCUUUGUAAACAAAAGUUUAAAUAAGAAUUUAUGUUAAUACGCAUAUUACAAUUGUGAAUUAGUUUUUAUUGGAUCAGAGGACCUGAAAGAAGGAAAUAAUUAGAAUAGAAAAUUAGGUUGGAAUCUUCUACUUCUGUAUAAAAUACGACUUUUACCCUGUUAUGAAUGACUAGAUUGAAUUCCUAUUCCAAUAGAUUUAUAGUCUACAACAUAUGUUAUAUUUUAUUAGAGGUGUGGAUUACUUAAAUAAAUUAUAAAUUAUAAUACAAUUUUUCACAUGCACAAUUCGAAAAAAUGAUUACAAAAAUUCAAAUAAUUUUUUGAUUUGUCGUUAGUAAUUUCUUUUUCCAUUUCUAAUUUUGUUAAAUAUAUACAAUUUUUCUAUAAUAUAACAAUAUUUUAAUUGAUAAAAUUUAUUUAAAAAAUUGAUUUUAUAAAGCGUGUUUAGUUAAAAAAAUUUGUAAACAUCGAAAACAUAAUAAAACUACAUUUUUUUUCAUUUAUUCAUUCUAUCUUUUUUAAGUGAUUGCCUAUAGGUUUUCUAUUCAAAAAGCAGUGAUUAGCGAUAUUACCUCAUUUUAAAACAUUUAUUCUUUGAAUUGCAAAUAAUAUUACAAAUAGUAUGAAUAAAAAUAGAUACUUUAUGCCUUAUCAGCAUCUUCAAUAGCCAAGUUCUUUGCUGUGAUAGGUUCCAAUUCUUUUAUACCUUCCUUAGAUACCUUUUGUACCUUAAAAUUUGGAAGAUUAACUAUUAAUCGCUUGUGUAUUUCCCUGACACAUUUUUUCAAUAGUAUGUAUGCUUCUUCUUCCGUUGAAUCUGUAAUAUAGAGUAGUGUAUGCAGCAUAUUCUGAUAAAAAAUUUGUAUUAAUAAUACCAUAUAUAAAAUAAACAUUAAUGUAAAUUUGA